CUCAUCAGGCAUGUCAAGUACACAAUUCCCGUUGGAAUUUGUCUUGCUCUCGUUUAUAGGCCGCUACUAUCGCGAAUGGACAUUUACAAGAUUGGGUUUCUCAUAGCGGUAGGCAACACUCUCCACUAUCCGUGGGAUUCAUACCUCAUCAGGCAUAGGAUCUGGACAUAUCCUCCAGGCGCCAUCGUCGGCCCAACUCUCCGGGACAUUCCAGCAGAAGAAGUUUUCUUUUUCUUUAUCCAAACCUUCAAUACUUCACUACUGUACCUCAUUCUGACUAAAACUACGUUGCAUCCUAUCUAUCUAUCCAGAGGACGUAGUUUCCAUAAAAUCAUAGGUCAGGCCAUACUUGUGGUUGCAAUUCUAUACAGCCUAGCAGCAGUUCACAAUGGAGGAGAACGCACCUACCUGGGCCUCAUAUUGAUUUGGGCUUGCCCUUUCACCCUCUUACUAUGGAGUCUUGCUUCUGACUUCCUGGUCCACCUACCCUUGACCAGUACCGUGAUACCUAUUCUACUGCCAACCUUAUAUCUGUGGAUGGUUGAUACGUUUGCUCUACGUCGCGGAACAUGGAGCAUAUCUUCUGGGACCAAGCAUGGCAUUGAAUUAUGGAGGGGACUGGAUAUUGAGGAAGCCAUCUUUUUUCUAUUGACAAACACCAUGAUUGUCUUCGGACAGGUGGCUUUCGACAAUUCGCUCGCCAUCCUAGACACGUUUCCUGAGAGAUUCAGAGACUACACUAGGCUUCCAAGUCCGCCUCUCCUCAUCCAAGCACUUCUCUUACCCAAAGCCAAGUACGACAGAGAACGCAUCACUGGGCUUGUCAACGCAACUACUCUUUUAAGUAAGAAAAGUCGGAGUUUCUACCUCGCCAGUGGAGCCUUCGAGGGUAAACUUCGAAUAGAUCUCAUCCGUCUCUACGCAUUCUGUAGGGCCGCCGAUGAUCUAGUCGACGAAGCGACAUCCACUGAAGAAGCGACAUUGUGGAUCGAGAGGCUAGAGCGAUUCUUACAGCUUGCGUCUGGCCAGAAAUCAUCAAAUUCCGAACUUGAUGACUAUGUCAGAGAAAGAUUCCCGGAACCAAUUCAGCAGGCAUUGCUACAGCUACCAACGGAUUAUCUUCCAAGCCAGCCCCUACACGAUCUGUUGAAAGGAUUUGAGACUGACUUGCUCUUUUCUACAAUCUACCCAAUAGCAACUACGGAAGAUCUGGACUUGUACGCAAGCCAUGUGGCAGGAACAGUUGCAGAACUUUGCAAUUGCCUCAUACUUUGGCACUAUUCCUCCUCUUCAUCGGAAGAGUCACGGAGCCGCAUUCUGAAUGGGGGCGUGCAAAUGGGGAUCGCUCUCCAAUACGUCAAUAUGGCACGAGACAUUGCAGUGGACGCCGGCAUGGGCCGAGUCUACAUUCCAAGUUCAUGGUUGCAAGAAUCGAACUUAGAGGCUCGAGAUAUGGUUCAAAACCCAUCCGGUCCUACCGUCGACAGUUUACGUCAAAGGCUCCUUGAUCGUGCCUUUGCGAAAUAUGAACUGGCUCGUGGGGCUAUCGAUGAGCUUCCUCCUGAGGUGAGAGGGCCGAUCCGAGUUGCCGUGGAAAGCUACAUGGAGAUUGGGCGAGUGUUGAGAGAAUCGGGUUAUUCCGUUCGGGAUGGGAAAGCCACUGUUCCCUUGUGGAGGAGGAUCAAGGUUGCAUGGUCAGCGUUGAACCAGUAG